UAAUUUUAGUUAAUAAAGAUGAUUAGACAGAAUUGAGGACAGGUGAAAUAUCCUUUAAUUUUAUUGGCUCUCCCAUUUCCAAAUCAAAAACAAAUAUAACCUCUCAAAGUACUAUUUUACUUCCACUUGAAAAAAGAUCCAAUUCAACCGACUAAUUUUCCCCUUUUAAACCACAUAACUCAGUCUAACACUGCUUUAAUUGUUCCAAUUUUACAAAUAUUUGCCAAGCUUGAAAAAACUGUUGUUAUAACCGGAUAAACUUGAAAUAGUAGCAGUUUCUUUUACAUUUCGUUUGACCCCCCUAAAGAAUUAAAGAUUAAGAAAAGAAUUGAAACUUUUAUCAAAAAAAUGACGCUUCCGAAUUCUGGUCAACUGCCGUUUUUGCCUGGAAUGCAACACCUUGGGGCACUUUUUGCAACCAACAGCCAGGCGGCGACGUCGAAUAUUCCAUCUGGAUCGCAGUUUAAACCCUCCGAUUCCCCCUCUGUCAGCGGACCAAUUUUCACCCUUCCCCUUAACCCAAAUCAGUCGUCACGUGGUGUUCUGGAAAACGCAGCGGCGGCAAUUAGUUUAAACGCGUACAAUUUGAUGUUUCAGCACCACAUGAAACUUUUGCAACAGCAACAAGGAGGUCAAAACUUUGCGGCCGAGAGAAAAAUCCUCGAGCAAAGGGAAGCGACAAAUCGAAUGGGGAAACAAAUUCAAAGCAGUCAAGUUAAACCGCCCAAAAAAGGAAUCAGUUUGACACAAAAAGACAAGCCCACCAAAACUGAAUCAAAACUUUCACAAUCGGCAAAAAUGUCUCCAGCAAACGUCGAUAGUUGCGAGCCAUUGGACUAUACAAUUGGAAGAAAAUCAAACGAAGUCGAGCUGGAUUCGAACCUCGACGAAGGGGAUAUGGAAGUAGAUAUGUCUCCGGAUGAUCUGUGUGAUCCCAAUGACUCAAAGAGGCGUAGAACUAGGACCAACUUCACCAACUGGCAACUGGAACAGCUGGAAAUGGCGUUCCACAGAACCCACUAUCCGGAUGUGUUUGUGAGGGAAACACUGGCCAUGCAGUUGAACUUGAUGGAAAGCCGAGUUCAGGUGUGGUUCCAGAACAGACGGGCCAAGUGGAGGAAGAUGGAGAACACCCGCAAGGGGCCGGGCAGACCCCCUCACAAUGCACACCCACUCACCUGCAGUGGUGAGCCGAUCGUCAGUACCAAUUCGGGCUCAAAUCAAGGAGCCAAACAUCAAAAUCAACAUCUAUCUCCAACAGAGACCCAAAAACAAAACAAGGCACUUGUAAUGUCCAAAAGCAUUCUGACUUCAAAGGAAUCCAAAAUAUUCCAAAAAGAAGAGUCAAAACCGAUGCCUGGCGUUUGUAUGGCCAACCCAAAAUUUCAAAUCUUUGGUGACAAAUUUUCGUUUGUGGGACCCGGUGAGUCGAACUCCACUGAUGUGAAAAAAGGCGACAGACUAACACUUUUCGAAAGCACCGUUGAUAUGAUAACCAAAAGAUGUGCGCAGCAGAGCUUCGACAACAACUUGAGGUUCGUUUCGCCGACUUUCCUGAAAAGUUCGACAAGUCCUAAUAUGGAAAAAAUUAACUAUCAUGAAUGCGAUGAUCAAAAGAAGAGCUUCAGAAUUGACAGUUUGCUCGAUCUGUAAAUUUACAGCCACUCAAAAAACUCAAGACAGAAUUAAAUGUUUAUUUUUUAAUUUACCCUUCAAUAUUUAGAACCCAACUUCCCCUCAGCAAUCACAACUGCUUGAUUUGACUUCAAUGAAA